CCCGUCAUUUUGUCUCAGGCCAGAGGGGGAGGUGGCUUGGAGCCAGGCCACUGUGGGCAGGCUCCUUGUGUGGGCAGCUGCCUAUUGGCCAGCAGGAGGGGGUGGGCCCAUCACUCCUGGGUGAGGCCCCGGCCCAGCUCUGUGAGUGCUCCCAGUCUGAGUGGGAGACUUCGGAGUGGAGUCCUUGGCAUUUUAGGUUGUGAUGCAAAGUUGUGGGUUGGUGUAUAGACAACCAGCCAUUCAGCUGACCAGAGGAAAGGAGGAGAAGGUGGCAGGGGAAAGAGGAAGGAGAGGAGGAGGGAAAGGCAGGAGGCGUAGGGGGCGUACCGGGCUGGCUGGCAUGGAGGCCUCGCCCAUCAGCAUUUCCCAAGGCAGCCUCCCUCUGCCGGCUGCCUCACCUUCCCUCUGGCCGGUUGGUGGGCAGGGCCAACGGCUGGCUUGGGGCUCCCUUGCUCACUCAGAGCGGCCCUGCUUGCAGCCCCGCCGGCGUUGGCACGGUGACAGUAGCCAAGUGUGCAAACUUGUGCCAUUGUCCCCAGGCCAGGGGGAGCCAUGGAGACUAGCUAAUAUGACACAGGAAAAUGUUUGCUGAUGGCAAUUCUAUGGGCUUUGUCCACCUCUUUCUCCAUCAUGACGACUCGAUUUAAGUCCCUAACUGUUUGACUACAAAUGCAAGGGGACCGUGCAACGCCAACCUUUUGUCCGGCCGCACUGAAUGGGCAAUUCAGGCUUUGUGCAGCUCAAUUGAGGAAGCAAACAUAAAGACAAGAUUCCUGAGAGCUCCGGCUCCCUUCCCAUGGAUAUGCCAGCCUCUCGUUAGAGUCCUUCCCGGCUACCUUUGCCCACAUCAGUGUGCCACUGGCCCUCACAGGCCUGCCAGGGCCCAUGCCUCAGUGAGCGGGGGUGGGGAGAGAGAGAGAGAGGAGAGAGCCACUCAACACUCAAGGACAGCGGGGAAGGCCGCCCGUCCGAAGGCCGCCUGCCCGGCUUACCCGUCCGAUUGUCUGUCAGCACUGGAGCAUGGCAGCUGCCGGCCUGGAGCCUUGGGGGAGGAUCUCAUGCCCAUCUCUUCUGAGCCCUGCCCCUCCUCAACCCUGGACUUUUUACACACACACACACACACACACACACACACACACACACACACACACACACCGCCCCCUCGAGAAACCAGGGAACCGAGGUCAAGGGGAGGAGGGCGUGGAGGCCGAGGGGGGAAGCGGAGCUGAAGGGUAGAAAUUUACCGGGAAAUGAUUGCAUUUGGGAGCUGUCUUUUUUGUGAUGGUCCCCAUGGUGACAAUUUGUGACGGCAAAGAAUGUGUGAACGGGGCGCUGCCGCCUGAUUGGGAUGCUUUGUAUCUGGAGAGGCGCUCCUGAUUGGCCUGAGGGGCCCCCCAGCUCCGGGGACUCGUCCUCCAUUCAGCCCACUCGAGGGCGGCACAACUGCUUCCAGCCGGACGCGCGGAGCUCGCGGGCCGCACCGGGCCUGGCCCAGGUCUGCGGUGGGGAAACGGCCGGGCCACGUUGGCGGGCCCGGGGCCCCACACCCUCGGUCAGCUCUGGGCCCUUCCCUGAAGCUGCCAGCCACCAGCAGAACCACUCUCUUCAUGGAAAGCCCUGUGCAGUGGCCCCCUGGUGAUGGCAUCUGACAGUGACGUAAAGAUGCUGCUGAACUUUGUGAACCUGGCAUCCAGUGACAUCAAGGCGGCCCUGGACAAGUCUGCGCCCUGCCGCCGCUCUGUGGACCACCGCAAGUACCUGCAGAAGCAGCUCAAACGCUUCUCCCAGAAGUAUUCUCGGCUUCCACGGGGACUCCCCGGCCGAGGGGCCGAGCCUCACCUGAGAAGGGGGCCUGAGGACCAGUCUGGGAGACUGUCCCUCGAUUCUGGUGAUUCCAGCCCUGGCGGGAUGGGGAGCUGCAAGGAGAAGGCUCUGGGGAACCCCUACAGGGAGGAAUGUCUCUCUAAGGAGCAGACCCUCCAGGGGCAGCAUCCAGAAGCUGCCAGGCCUGGCCAGGUGCCCAUGAGGAAAAGACAGCUGCCCGCUUCCUUCUGGGAAGAGCCGAGGCCCCCCCACAGCUACCCUGUGGGGCUGGAGGGAGGACUGGGCCCCAGGGAGGGACCUCCCUAUGAGGGUAAAAAACACUGCAAGGGCGUGGAGCCCUUGGGGCCCGAGAUGGCCCCAGUGCCCAUGUCCCCAAGGGCACCAGUUGAAAAGGAGCCACUCAAGAUGCCCGGGAUCUCCCUGGUGGGCCGUGUCAAUGCCUGGAGCUGCUGCCCCUUCCAGUACCAUGGACAGCCCAUCUACCCAGGCGCCUUGCCUCCGAGCCCAGUCCCCAGCCUGGCCCUGUGGAGGAAGAGCCCGGUUUCCUCGGGGGAGCUGGCCCACUUCUGCAAGGAUGUGGAUAGUCUGGGGCAGAAAGUGUACAGACCUGUGGUUCUGAAGCCUAUCCCCACCAAACCGACCAUGCCUCCACCCAUCUUCAAUGUCUUUGGCUACCUCUAGCUGGGCUGGGAGGGCCUUGGGCCCCACCUCCGAUCUGCAGGGGUGUUGGGAACCCCCGGAGCUCUCCUCGUGAGGAGAGGGCUUGGCAGUGGUGUGGCCCCUUUGUGUGUGUGUGGGAGGGAGAGGGCAAGACUGGGCAGGAGCUUCUCAGGCAGCUGCCCUGGGAGCCAUGGGGCUGGGCUCCGCGGCCCCUCCCCAGCCAGGCCGGCGCUUGACCUGUCAUCCUGCCGUCCCCGUGCAGACCUGGGGCAGCCGGGGUUUGCCCUGGCCUGCCAGCCACCCCGGAAACCCGAGUGACACAUCUAUUCAUCUGCCACCCACUGUACAAGCCAACCUCAGUUCUGUUGUUUUAUUUUCUUUUGUUCUUUGUAAAUAUUAAAAGGUUAAAAGAAUAAAGACAUUC